AUGCAGAUCCACCCCUACUCUAACUUCGUGGAUCUGACGAAAGCCCUCGACGCAGUAAAUCGUGAAGUACUGUGGAAAAUCACGCAGAAACUCGGCUGUCCCAAACAAUUCCCUCAGAUGGGGCGUCAGCUCCAUGAUGGCAUGACGGCACGCGUCACCGACAAUGGAACCGUCUUAAGGGCAUUUGCAGUGAUCAACGGAAUGAAACAGGACUGCGUCCUCGCACCCACCCUCUUCAGCCUUGUGUUCUCUGCUAUGCUGAUGGAUGCCUGCCGUAACGAAAGCCCGGAUAUCUGCGUCGCCUGCAGGACGGACGGCCAACCCUUCAACCACCGACGGAUGCACUCCCAGUCGCUUGUAUCCACAACUGCCGCCCAUAAACCUCUCUUCGCCGACGACUGCGCUCUAAACGCCACCUCCGAAGGGGACAUGCAAAGGAGUAGGGGCCUCUUCACGGAGAUGGUAGUUAUGCAUAAAUCGCCACCUGGCGCUGCCAACCACGCACCCCAAAAUCAUCGUGAACGGCGCCCAAAUGCAAGCCGUGGACAACUUCACCUAUCUGGUAGCACCCUCUCUCGCAGCUCCAAACUCGACGAUGGAGUGGCCCGCCGGAUUUCGAAGGCCAGCGGAGCAUUCGGCCGUCUGCAAUAG